AUGACGUCAUUACGUUCACCUUUUGUUUACAUAUCUGCACUUAGAAGAAGCCACUUAAGCAAGAAUUCGAAGGUUUUAGGUCUAAAUCGCGUAUCCUUCUUUUACCACCAUAUUUCAUUUGGGCUCUUCUUCUUUUUCUUUUUCUUCUUCUCUUUUUUCUUCUUCUACUUAAUCAUCCUACUUCUUCGCCUUCUUCUGCUUCAUCAUCAUCUUCUUAAUCAUCCUUCUUUCUUCUUCUAUUUCUUCUUAACCCACCUCUUUCUCUUUCUCAUUCUUCCCUUCUUUCUUCUUCUUCUCCUUCUUCCCUUCCUUCAUCUUAUUAUUUCUCUCCUUACUUCUCUCAUUACUUUCUUCAUUCUACUAUUUCUCAUUCUUCCUUUCCUCCUCCUUCUUCUUCUUCUUCUUCUAAUUCUUUACUUCCUUCUUCUUCUUCUUCUUCCCUUCCUUCUUCUUCUCUUUCUCAUUCUUCCCUUCCUUCUUCUUCUUCUUCUUCUUCGGAUCCCCAUUCUUCCCUUCCUUCGUCUUCUCCUCCUCAUUCUUCCCUUCCUUACUCUACUCCUCCUCAUUCUUCUCUUACUUAUUCUUCUCCCCAUUCUUCCUUUCCUUUUUCUACUCUUCCUCAUUUUUCUUUCCUUCUUCUACUCCUGCUCCAUUCUUCAUUUCAUUCUCAUUCUCACCAUUCUUCCCUUCCUUCUUCUUUUGCUCCUCCUCUUUCUUCCUCUUAAUAAUAAUAAUAAUAAUAAUGAUAAUAAUAAUAAUUACUAUUAUUAUUAUAGCUCAUUUCUUCCUUCCUUCAUAUCUAUCAAUCUUGUUUAUUCACAUCUAUCUAUCUAUCUAUCUAUCUAUCUAUCUAUCUAUCUAUCUAUCUCUGUUCAUUUCUUACUUCAUGUUUGUCUACCUAUAUCAGUCUAUUCACACCUAUCUAUCUAUCUAUCUAUCUAUCUAUCUAUCUAUCUCAUCUAUUCACAUCUAUCUAUCUAUCUAUCUCAGUCUAUUCAUAUCUAUCUAUCAUCAGGCAAAUACUUAUGA